CUUACGUCAGAUAAGACUCAUAGAGGCCGUUUGUUUAUAGAGAUAUGCCGUAUAUAGGAGCGUAUUUCGACUACGUAUAUUUACUGCAAGUGAUCGAUACUGAAUGAAUUUCAGUUUCAUUCUGCCAUCAUGGCUGGUUUAGUUUAGGAACGGGACUACAUUUUAUAAUAGUAUUCCAGUAAUCCGCAAUGGCGCCUGUGGUGGGCAGCAGCGACCUCGUGGUGGAGGGCCGGCAGAUAAGACCGGUGCCGCCCUACCCCGGGUUCGACAUAGACGGAACAUACAGGGCUGAGUCCCCGGUUCCCCGGGUAAAGGGCUUAGGGGAGGAGUUCUGGACUCGAAAUCGAGGCUCCAUCGACGAUUGGGCGUUCUACGGCGAGAGUAUGGCGAGUCCCCGGCCAGAGCCGCGGUGUCCGACGGCGGAGGCCACGGCCAACUGGACAUAUGGUCGUAACGGAAGUAUCAAGCCGUUGAUAGACGGCGUGGCGACUCCUCGGCCGGAAACAGCGCCUCCGAGGAUAAAGAUUGAAGGAGAGGCGAUCGCGACCGUCAGCCGUGGUGGUCGAAUGUGUCGUCUGCUUACCAAGUAUGCCGAAGAGGGUGCCUCUCCAAGGGUACCACGCGUUAAACCGGAAGCCGAAGAAACAGCGGAAGUUCACAAAGGGGGCCGUAUGGAAAAACUCGUUCACAGUUACGGUAAACUGCCGCUUUCCGCGCGUGCCGUACCACGCGUGAAACCCGAAGCAGAAGAUAAUGCGGAGCUUGGCAAGGGCAAACGCAUGAGUAACCUGGUACAUAAAUACGGUCGCAUUCCGCUGUCUGCGCGCGACCCACCGAGGGUUAAACCGGAAGCUGAAGAUAACGCUGAACUAGACAAGGGGAAAAGGAUGGGCAAGCUGAUUCACAGCUAUGGCCGUAUGCCCCUUUCGGCGCGUGCAGUCCCCAGAGUUAAGACCGAAGGUGAAGAGAACGCCAGAUUAGGCUCUGGUUUCCGGAUGGACAGACUGGUGCACAGUUGCGAGACGCUGCCUCGAUCCCCGCGUUCCCCUCUCAGAGUGAAGCACAUAGAGGGAAAUAACAAUAGUUUCAGGGGUAGGGGAAGCAUGGGAAAGAUAUUCAGGGACAUGGGAAGAAGAACGUGUAUAUUCCAACCUGGUGUGAAGAAAUCUUCGUAUCUAAAGACAUCAAUGAUGUAGCGAUACCGAAACUUUUUUAAGUUGUUCGCAUCAGUCAGUAACAUGCGAGUUUGUUAUUUGUUUACGUGUUUCUGGUCGCUUAUAAGCAGUAUUUUAUGACAAUUUGUCACGUGAGUUUGUAAUAUUGUUUUAUUUAGAAAACAAUGCAUACAUACGCAUACCUGUGA